GCUGUAUAAAUACCACAGCCCUUCUCCCUAUGCUGUUUUCUUCUGCAGUGCACAGUCAAAGAGAGCAGCCAAGGAGGGGAGGGAGGAAAGGAUAAAGCCCAGCCAUGUGGGCAGGGCUUGGGCUAGUUCUGAGUCUCUGCCUCCUCCCAGGAGGAGAGGCAGAGAUCCAGAACUGCAAAGAGCCCCCAGAAUGGUAUAUUGGGGAAGAGAAUCCAAUGCUGAACUCUAGGGGGUCAGUGACAGUGGUAGCCCUCCUCCAAGCAAGCUGAUACUUGUGCCUGCUGCAGGCUUCCAGAUUGGAGGACCUGCGAGUAAAGUUAGAGAAUGAAGGACUGGUCAAUAUCUCAUAUGUGGUUGUCAACCACCAGGGAACUCAAUCACAUAGGAAAUUUCACCUACUGAAAGAAAGUGUUUCAGACUAUAUUACUGUUUACCAGCAGGAUGAACAGCAAGCUGAUGUAUGGACUACCUUGAAUGGCAACAAAGAUGAUUUUUUGAUCUAUGACAGAUGCGGCCGUCUAGUGUAUCAUCUGGGUCUGCCCUACUCUUUCCUGUCCUUCCCAUAUGUAGAAGAAUCUAUAAAGAUUGCAUACUGUGAAAAGAAGUGUGGAAAUUGCUCUUACACGGAACCUGAUAUUGAUGAUGUAUGUGAAAACAUCACUAAAAAGGCAGAUGAAAAGCUAGCAGAUAUAGAACCAAGACCAACUGGCCAACAUUCACAUCAUCACCACCUACACAGACACAGACAUCACCACCGGGAGGGGAGUCGUCAUCCUGAAACUGCAGAACGACAUCCUUCUCAAGGCAGCAGGCGUCAUAGAGUUUUUGGCCGUAACAGACAUGAUCAGAGAGGUAGCCAAGAACAGGUAGAAACGCUUCCUCAGGGAGAAGGUGCAGAUUUUCUUACACAAGGUAAAAACCUAUGAAAAAAGGGAAAAAUCAACUGUAAAAAUCAGCUAACUUGAAACUGGGAGAAAGCAUCAGAUUCAACUUCUAGUAGCUGAUGCUGACAUUGUCGACACCUUUUGUUUGAACAGCUAGGGAAUUCUGUCACUUGACAGUGUCGUGGGGCACUUCCCAAUUCUUGCAGGUGACAUGGCCAGCUGUUAGCAGAGGACAUUACUGAAUCUUGACAGUGACGUCUGCUAUCAGCUGCCUGACAGUCAUCAGCAGCAAGUGAAACUCGUGACACCUGACAGUGACGGGAAAAGGCAGGAAACUGAGCCUGAGAAACAAACUAAACACCUUAAAACACUGCCUAAAUUAAUUUAAUUGUAAGAGUGGAAAAAUUAACAGAUCAAGUGUUUUUAUUGGCCCACAAUAAAAAAAUCAUCUUAAGACAGGUGACAGGGGUGUGGAGUUAAAGUGUAAAUACUGUAAACAACCGGUGUUUUGCAGCAGUGCUCUUAAGAGGUACACAAAACCUGUCAAAUUCCAUCAAUGUAAAGCUUUGUUUUUUAAAGUAAUUUAAUUGACCCAUAGUUUGUUUUUCAGUUGUAGCUGAAAGGUGUCUGGAUUCUUGAUUAAUUUGUCUGUCUUGUUAUUCUUCUAACAUUCUGCUUGCAUUUGUGAGGACAGAAGCAUAAACUAUGACCUAGGGGCUUCUGUUUGAUGCCAGCAAACAAGAAUAGAAGAUGACAAAAAAGAUAUUUUAAUCAUACUUUAUUAUUAAGAAAGAACAUGGAAUAUAUUCAGAAGUUUUUUCCUAACCUAUGGAUACAAAAUGUGUACAAUGAAAGCUUAGUCCUAAGCUAACACACCAAAAUACCUUUUUAUCUUAAAUGUAACCACUAAUUGCAUUAUUUUAAAGUAACAGAUUUAUAUGUUUAUCUUAUAUUGCUAUAUACUGUAUCAGAGCCCAAUAAUACAUACUGCUGUGGCUUGUAAAAUCUCAUUAAAUGAAUAGGAUCAUGUCUAAAAUGAGACAGCCUUAACAGCCCUUGAUGCGGAUCAGUAUCUGUACCACCUCCCCCCCUAAAUUCAGUCUUAAUGUUUAUCUUUGUAACAGUGCUGAAUUUGAUAAUCUAUAUUGAUUUGUAAUUUGUAAACUUCUGUUUGUAACUUAGUAUUCUUUAACUUUGAUUAACCAAGUUGAAGUGAAAAGAAAGUUGUUUGAAAGAUUCUUGGAUAAGGAAAGGAAAGCUACUUUGAGAGCAUACACCAUAAUUAAUGAUGGUUUAAUAGGGAAAUUUUUAUUCCUACAAACCUGAAGCUUCUUAUGGUGGAUAAGCAAGAAAGUAAUACUGAACAGAAUGUAUGCUUAUGGAAUAUUUGACAAGAGAGUUUUCCAAUAAAAACAGAUUCACUA